AUGCAACCAACCCCAAACUCUACUCAAGAAGAAUCUCUUCCUGACGAUAGUUCGUCAGGUUAUUAUGGUGUAGGUGAAAAUGAUUUAGAACAAUUUUUAGGUUUUGAUGAAGCUGAAAUUAAAGAAGUUUUAUCCGCAGUAUCUAUGAAACCAUUUCAUUCCGCAGCUUUUAAAAAAGGGAUAAGAGAACUUAGACAUGCACUCUCCGUAAAUUUAAAUAAUCCACCUCCACCCCCUCCCUUAACAACUUCUAAUUCUUUUUCAAUACAUUCGACAUAUUUGGCGGCAAAUCCUUCAUUGCCAUUGGAUGUAAUUAUAAAUCACGCUAAAAUAUAUGGUAAAAAUAGUGAUAGGCAAUUAACAUCAUAUGAACAAGCGAUUAAUCAAGCAGCAAUAGAAUUAGCACUUUCCGAUCCAGCAUUGAUGGCUAAUCGAGGUACAUUAUUCGAGAAAGCAAAAGCAAAACUUUUAUUAGAAGGUUAUACUUAUAAGAGAGGUCAAUCACGUUCAAAAUUAAAUCCCAAUGCACCUAAACCUGGAAUAAAAUCAUCUCGAGUGAACCUUCGAUUAAAAAGAAAUUUACAUGCCGCACAGAAUAGUGAAAAUCGUAACGCAAGAAUUUCGGAACUUGAACAUAAAUUACAAAUCAAAGGAACUCAAUAUGAAGCUGCGCAAGAACACAAAAGGAUUAAGACUACUCAAGGAGAUACGGAAGGAUUGGAUAAAGUGGAAAUAGCAUUAGAAGCAAUUGAACGUGAAAGAGCGGAAAUUUCCAAAGAAUUGGCGACAUUGAAAAGUAAAGAACGUAAGCAUCGUUGGUAUGAACAAAGGAAAAAAGUGAGAAUGGUAGAAACGGGAUUUGAUGAAACGACAGCGACAUCAGUGAUGAUAUGA